AUGCAAAACAAUUUAAGUGAAAUAAAAAAAUAUUAACUACAGAAAGAAGAAAGGUUUCAAUAAAGUUUAUUCAAAGAUCAAAUCUAAAAUAUUGAUACAACUAUAUAAGAUGAUUCAAAAAAUCCAAACUUUGUUAAAGUCAUUCUAAUUUGCACUUUCACUAAUGAAGUAAACUAUCCAUUAAAUUAAAGACGAUAGCAAGUAAAGAAAAAAUUAUAUGCUCUGAAAACGAAGCUUAAAUUAUUGAAAAGGAUGACGUAGUCGGUAAAGAAUCAAAUAACAAAAAUAGAAUAAUAAGACCUCUCUGAUUGUAUAAAAAAAGAAAUUAUAACAUAUGUAGAAAGGACAUUUAUUGAAUGUUCUAAAUUGCUGAAAUCUAAUUACAUUGAAAAACUUGAUGUAAUCAAAGUAAAAUAAUUCAUAUAUAUAUAUAGUUACCAAUUUGUUCAGCCAAUGGAAUACGUAUUCUUAAUGAAUAUGAUAUCAGAUAAUUUUUUAAGUUGUCGUUAAUAAAAAAUAAUAAUGAAGAGUUUACUAAAUCUCUACGAUCAAUGGACACUAAACAUUUAUUUGGAUUGCUUAUAAGUAGUUUGGUAUUCUAAGUAAUUUUUCCAUUUGAAAUUUUGAGGAUAGUCAAAUUGAAGAGGCCCUUUUUGAAUUGCUCUUUUAAAAUAUCAACUUGGAAAAUGCUAUUAAAUUGUUACUUAUCACUGUAUAAUAUGAAUCCAAAAAACAAUAUUAUUUUUAUAAGUAUACUAAUAUUCAUCUUAUAGACUUAUUAAACAUUUGUAUUAUUUUAGCAAAGGAUUGUUAAAAGAAACAUAUGACAAUCAUUUAUAAAAAAUAGUUUCAAAUGGAAUGAAACCAAAACAAUUGUAAGUGGAAAAACCCAAUUUUAUAAAAUUAAUAACUUAAUUGCACAUAUUUAAAAUUAACUCUACAAUCCUUUAUCCUCUCUUUAAACAAUAAGAGUCACAUUUAUUUUAAUAUUACAAGCCAAUCAGAGAAACUUAAAUAUUUACUGUAUACAGAAAUUUAGAUUGCCCAGAAAUAAAAGAAUAAUCAGAUUAUCCUCAUAUUUACUAUCUUAAAAAUAAAGAUAAUUAAACUAUUUUAGUAGCCAUAUAAUAUGAAAUAUCAGGAGAAAUUCUUGUUUUCUAAGAAUAUUAAGAGAAAUUCAUUAAAUAUAAUGAUAAUUAUUUAGGAAUUAUUGAGUUUAAGAAUCAAGGCAAAGAAUUCAUUGUUUAUGAUGAUGGCUAUCCAGAAUAUAUGGAAAAUAGCUUUCCUUAAUGGGUGGGAAGAAAAAAAAGAAGAAUGUUAGUGUUUGAUUACUUUUCAGAAAAAAGAUAUGAUAAACCAAGAUUAUUUGAUGUAAAAUGCUACAAUAUUAACACAAACUAAUAUGAUGGUAAUAAAUUAUUUAUAUAUUCUGAAGAAAUUAUCACAAAAGAACCUCAUUACGAUGAAUCUAAAGGGGCUUUUUCUUUAAAGUUAAAAGAUAUUGCACUAAUUCCCUCUACCAGAAAUUUCAUAUUGUAAAAAAAAUGUGAAAACAACUAAGAAUAGCAAAUAUAUUUAUGCCAUGGGAAAUAGAAUAGACAUGUAUUUCACUUAUAAUUGCAUGAGGGGAUUAGUAUAUUUUAAGGAUUCUGUAUUUCAGUUUUAUCGAUAUGUUCAAAGGGCAUUUGCUAAUGA